AGACAACUUCCGUCGAAAUUUAAAAAAUCUUUAUUUUCGGAAACAUAUUUCCAAAUUUAGAUUAUUUACAUGAAGACCUGUGUGUUUGACUUUAUAACCAGAUAAAACGGGUUGACAGACUAUGGCAACUGGUGAUCUAAGGUCAGAAGAAGAAGUUCAAGAAUAUCUGGAGAAUCUGGGAAUAGAAUACAGAUUUCAGUGCUUUGGAGAAAAAAAAUCAGACGGGUGCCACAGACUUGGAGAUUUCCUAGAGGCAGUAAAGAAGGAUGCAGCCAAGGCCUGUAGAGUGUACAAGGUGAAUUGUGAGGACCAUCAAUAUGGCCAUAGUUGUUACAAAUAUGGUAACUACCUUGCCACAGGGAAAGGUGGAGUUACAAAGGAUGACAAAGCUGCCUAUGAAAGUUACAAAACAGGAUGUGACAGCAAAUAUUGGCCAGCCUGUCAUAAUGCUGCCCAAAUCCUAGCCUCAGGGAAAGCAACAGACAAGCGAGAAUAUGAAAAAGCUGCUGAAUUGUAUAAAGUUGCAUGCGAUAAUGAUCUAUCUGAGAGUUGCUAUUACUUAGGUUCGUACUACAUUGUUGGUAAAGAGGGACUGCCUCAGAAUUUCAAGGAGGGUUUUAAGUAUUCAAAACAAGCAUGUGAUUUAGGUCAUAUACCAGCCUGUAUUAAUAUUAGCAUGAUGUAUAAGAAUGGACAUGGUGUAGAAAAAGAUCAGGAAAAAUCAAAGUUAUAUUCUCAAAAAGCUAAAGAUCUCCGUGAACAGAUUGCUAAUCCAGAACCAGCCAUAACAUUUGGUGAGACUUCUUGAAACCCUUAUAUAGUAGUAAUUAUAGUAUUUAUAUAGUAUGAUAUGCAUUGGUGCCAAUUAUUACUGUUAGUAGCUGAUGUUAUACAAAUCAUGUAAUUUUCACAAGAAUAUAAAA